AUGGGCAGAAAAUCAUCGACAGCGAUGAUGCGGAUCGCAAUCGCAGGUGCUGGAGGUUUCGCCUCCCUUCUUACUCAAGAACUAUCACACAGUGCUCAUGCCCUACUCGUACUUUCGACAAGAGAGCAUCCCGAAUUCGAAGCCAAUUUCGAUUGUCAAGUAGCCGUAGUCGAUUAUGCCAGCCUUGAGCACCUCGAGUUUACGCUUCGGGGCGUUGACCUCGUGAUAUCGACCAUAUCUGGCGCAGAGCAGCUAAACCUCAUUGACGCAGCUAGGCGCGCUAAUGUACGUUGCUUCGUGCCUUCAGAGUUCGAGGGCGACUUGGAUCACAGACCAGCCGCAGAGCAUGAUCCGUUCGACAACUGCUCUUCGGCAGCCUUGGAGCAGCUUCGACAUUGGUCACAAUCGAGACAGAAUGCAAUGAAGUACGCCGUCUUCUCAUGCGGCAUUUUCUACGAGCGGUUUGCCCCUGGCGGCCUCCAAGCAUGCAACAUGGGCAUGACUUGCCGGAUUCAGAACCAAGGCGACUACAUGAUAGACUUGGGCCGAGGGAUUGCGGAGAUCCCGGAAACGAACCCCCAGGGCCGUCCAGUACAUGUUGUCAUGACAUCGGCAGUCGAUGUAGCACGAUUCGUUGCCGCGGCCGUCGAAUUAGGCAUCGAUUCCUGGCCUCGAGAGCUCAGGAUGCGUGGCACCCGUCUCACAACCCACAGACUUCAAGAGAUUUGCAGCGAGGUGCGAGGAGUCCCGCUAAAUGUGAUCUCGAGGCCAUAUGAGGAAAUAGAACAGUGGCUUCGCUACUACGAGCAGAAUGGGGACCAAGCUAAAUGGUUCACGAUGCAGCACCUUCUACAGACAGCGAACGGCCGAUAUACCUUUGGAGAUGCGAAUCUUAACGAUAUGGUGGACGUACAACCGAUGACUUUCCGCCAGUGGUUAUGCGAGAUCUGGGGGCCAGUGCUGUGA